AUGCUCAGAUGUGGUGGCACAGCUGGAGCCAUCCUGACAUGUCCUCUGGAAGUGGUGAAGACACGUCUACAGUCAUCCCAACUGACACUGCGGCCUCUGUGCCUCUCAGAGAUACAGCUGCCGGGGAUGAGCGUGAGGCUGAUGAACCCAACCCCACCAUCUCCUGGAGUUCUCAAGUUGCUGAGGGCCAUCCUUGAGAAGGAAGGCAUGCGAUCCCUGUUCCGAGGUCUGGGUCCAAACCUUGUUGGCGUUGCUCCUUCCCGGGCUAUAUAUUUUGCUGCCUAUUCUGGUGUUAAGGAGAGGCUCAACGCUGUCCUUGUACCGGAGUCCAAGAAAGUACACAUGCUAUCAGCAGCCUGUGCAGGCAUUACCUCGGCCACGCUCACCAAUCCUAUCUGGUUAGUGAAAACCAGGAUGCAGCUAGAAGCCAGGGCGAAGGGAGAGAUUGCCAGCAAUGCUCUCCAGUGUGCCAUGCAUGUGUACCGCACUGAAGGCCUUCGUGGAUUUUACCGUGGUAUCACUGCCUCCUAUGCUGGAGUGUCGGAGACCAUCAUACACUUUGUCAUCUAUGAAGCGCUGAAACAGCAGCUGAGAAACAGCCAUCAUUCCCUUUCGCCGCCACUCACACUUUCACCAAACAGCCAUGAUUUCUUUAGACUAAUGGGAGCUGCUGCUGUCUCCAAAACAUGUGCUUCGUGCAUUGCAUAUCCACAUGAGGUCAUUCGGACACGGUUGCGAGAGGAAGGAUCACGAUACCGUUCCUUUAUACAGACUCUGCAGCUUGUGGUCCAUGAAGAGGGACCCUUGGCUUUAUACCGAGGGCUCCUGGCUCACUUGAUCCGCCAGAUCCCAAACACGGCUAUCAUGAUGGCUACCUAUGAACUCAUCGUACAUUUGGCCUCUUCCACCUUGUAA